UGGACGUUCCCCAGGAGCUCCGCGAGCGCGGAGGUGUCGCUCUGCGCGCGCCCCCGCCCUUUACCCCGGCGCAGGUAGAGCGCGGCUUUUUAUGGUUGCGGUUGAUCUUCCCUUCCUCCCUUCUUCUUCCUGCUGGCUGUGGGGCGCCGCUGCCGGGGGCCAUGGCGGGGGCGCCCGGUGGGCGGUAGCUCGGCCGGCGGCAGAUCUAACACCAGACUCAUGUGAGCCACUUAUUGCUCAGACAUUCACUACUGUAAAAGAGGAGGAGAUUUGAAUUCUUCAUAGUUGGCACCAAGAGACUACCCCCUCACUGAAUGUCCAUGGGAUCCAGAUCGUGCCUCUGGACUGCAUUUGGGUAAAGGAUGAGUCCCGUGUUUCUCUCAGGAGUCUUCCAACACAUUUUCUAAAUUACCUUUUAAUGGUGUUCUAAGUGAGCUUACGUGAAACAAAUAGUGUUGGAUCAUGAGUGAAGAAAAAAGCUUUGGUGUAUCCCAGAAAAUGUUGUCUCCUUCAAGAAGUACUAGCAGCUGCUCCUCCAAGCAGGGAAGUCGACAGGACAGCUGGGAAAUUGUAGAAGGACUCCGGGGAGCAAUGAAUUGUACCCAGGAGCCGCAGAAGCAGGAGGGCUGCUUGCUGAAAAAGAGGAAAUGGCCUUUGAAGGGCUGGCACAAGAGAUACUUCUUUUUGGACAGAGGGAUUUUGAAGUAUUCUAAAUGCCAAGCUGAUAUAGAGAGAGGGAAGAUUCAUGGCUGUAUUGAUGUUGGGCUUUCUGUCAUGUCUGUAAAGAAAUCAACAAAGUGUAUAGAUCUGGAUACAGAAGAGCAGAUAUACCAUCUGAAGGUGAAAUCUCAGGAGCUGUUUGAUGAAUGGGUAGCAAAACUUCGUCAUCACAGAGUGUACCGUCAGAACGAAAUCUCCAUGUUUCCUCAUGACGUCAAUAAUCUUUUCUUCCCUGGGUCUACUACUACGGACUCUGUCCCUGGUUUCUGUGAUUCUACUUCGGGUAGAAAGGCAGGCAGCUUGACCAAACAGAAUUCAUUGUCAGCUGGAGGUAACUUGUCAUUUUCCUUUUCGAGUAAUGAGUCCAGGAUUUCAUCUUGGCUACAGUCUUCUGAAGACAUGGAAAAAUGCUCAAGAGACCUCUCCAACUGUCACACGUAUUUACUGGAAAUGAACCAGCUGUUACAGAGCAUGGAUGUUCUUCACAGGACAUACUCAGCGCCUGCUAUAAAUGCUAUGCAGGUUGGACCUUUUGAAAGCCCAAAGAAGGAGAAGAGAACACACAGGAGGUGGCGAUCCAGAGUUGUUGGGAAAGAGACUAAAGGAAUGUUACAGGUGCCUUCAGUAUUCUCUGCCCCCAUGAGACUGCACGCUUCCAAUCCAAACUUAUCUACAAUAGAUUUUGUAGAGGAGAAAAAUUACUCCGAUGGCUCUGAAACAUCAUCAGAAUUUACUAAAAUGCAAGAAGACUUAUUUCACAUUGCACAUAAAGUUUACUUCACCUUGAGGUCGGCUUUCAGCACCAUAUCUACAGAGAGAGAAAAGCUGAAGCAGAUGCUGGAGCACGAUGCAUCCUCGUCUCCCUCUGCACAGAUAGUUGGCUUGAAGAAUGCCUUAACAACCGCAAUAGCACAAAACACAGAUCUUAAAGACCGGUUACGCAGAAUACAUGCCGAAUCUAUGAUCCUUGAUUCAGCAUCUAAUGCAAAAUCAAGUCCAGAUUUGGUGAAGGAAAAUUCAAGAGAAGAAAGCAGAGGUCUGGUCCACCAGGUCUCCAAUGAAAGCAGACUGUCUAUAGCUGACUCUCUCACGGAAUUUUUUGAUGCACAGGAAGUCCUGCUGUCUGCUAGCUCUUCCGAAAAUGAGGUAUCGGAUGAUGACUCGUAUGUAAGUGAUGUCAGUGAUAAUGCCUCAGAAGAUAACUUAAGCAAUGACAUGGAGAAUGAAAGACAAACGUUAGACUGUAUUUCUGAAAGUGGAAUCGGAUGCAAUUCUAAACGGAGAACAUGUUUACCAGCUCCAUGUCCUAAUACGAGUAACAUCAGCCUCUGGAAUAUCCUGAGAAAUAACAUAGGAAAGGAUCUCUCCAAAGUGGCCAUGCCUGUUGAAUUAAAUGAGCCACUUAACACCCUUCAGCGUCUCUGCGAGGAGCUGGAGUACAGUGAGCUACUAGAUAAAGCAGCACAUACGCCUGACCCAUUUGAACGGAUGGUGUAUAUAGCUGCCUUUGCAGUCUCUGCAUAUGCAUCCAGUUACUACCGAGCUGGAAGUAAGCCAUUUAAUCCUGUGCUUGGAGAAACCUAUGAAUGUAUUCGUGAAGAUAAGGGUUUCCAGUUCUUUGCGGAACAGGUCAGUCACCAUCCACCUAUUUCUGCAUGCCAUGCUGAAUCAGUGAAUUUUGCUUUUUGGCAAGAUGUAAGAUGGAAAAACAAAUUCUGGGGGAAGUCCAUGGAAAUUGUUCCAGUUGGUACAACACAUGUAACUCUUCCAGCUUUUAAAGAUCAUUUUGCAUGGAACAAGGUGACAUCUUGUAUCCAUAACAUCUUAAGUGGGCAAAGAUGGAUUGAACACUAUGGAGAGAUCAUCAUCAAAAAUCUUAACGAUGACACUUGCCACUGCAAACUGACUUUCAUAAAGGCAAAGUAUUGGAAUCCAAAUGCACACGAGAUUGAAGGCAGUGUCAUGGAUAAAGCUGGGAAAGUUGUGCAUCGACUCUUUGGGAAGUGGCAUGACAGUUUGUACUGUGGGACAACUUCAUCUUCAAACUGCAUAUGGAGAGCAAAUCCGAUGCCUAAAGAUUAUGAACAGUGGUAUGGAUUUACUCAAUUUGCACUGGAGUUAAAUGAACUGGAUAUGCAGACUAGGUCAUUACUCCCAUCCACUGAUACACGUUUUAGGCCAGACCAAAGGUUUCUAGAAGAAGGGAAUAUUGAAGGAGCUGAAAUGCAGAAGCAGAGGAUCGAGCAGCUACAGAGAGAACGACGGAAGGUGCUGGAAGAAAACAAUCUAGAGCAUCAGCCUAGAUUUUUCAGGAAAUCCAGCGAUGACUCCUGGGUGAGCAAUGGAACCUACAUGGACCUUAGAAAAGAACCUGGUUUUUCCAAACUGGACAAUCCUGUCCUCUGGUGAAAGAGGAGCCCAGUGAAGAUAUUCUGUGCUGUAUUCUCAGAUCUGAUUUAAAAGAAGUAUAUAUAAAAUAUAUCUAUAUAUAUACAUCUAUAUAUAUAUACACACACACAUAUAAUAUAUGUGUGGGGCGUGUGUAUGUGUGUAAGUGUGCAUAUCUCCAGAACUGUGCUUAAUUUAGAACCUGAUAAUCCAUUUGUUUUCUUUAUUUUGACUAUUGCAGUGAUUGUUUGAAUGUAUAAAUGCCCUAACUUCUUUUUAUAAAAUAUUUAAUAAAAUAGUACUGAAUGUUAAGAGCGAGAGGGAAAAGAGGAGCUUUUACACUACUUUUCCAAUGUGUAAUUAUGUCAAUUCUGAGCUAACUUAUGCCUUAUUGAAUUGCAUUGGAGACAGUAGCAUCAGCGUCUCGUAGCUGUGCUGGGAAGUCAGGGUGCAAGCCUUAGUAACUCCAACUCUGAGUAGGCUUCCACAGUUCAGUGAGUAGUUCAGCUGUCUUUGGGCUGGUAUAAAUUGCUCAACCAGAUCGUCAGCUGGUGCUGGAAUCUGCGAGUGAUCCUUUGCUGCCUGUAGAAAAGAUUUAAAUAAGCUUUUGUUUCUAUUAGCUUUCUUCUUAGCAUUAUGGAAGAGGUGGUUCUGAGCUUACAGCAGUGGUUCUACUGCCUUAUACGUAAACUGUAUCCGGCUAAAUGCAGUGCUAGAAAUUCAGGAAUCGCCAAAAUUUUCCACUGGGAAUCUUCAGAUUUUGGAGGAGAUCCUUUGUACAUAAUGCUUGAGCACUGACUAGAUGGAGAAGCUCUCUCUUUUUCCAGUAAGUAAAAUAUAUACAGAGCACGAAAUCCUGUGCUUCCAUAGCUUCAUUUGUUUUUAUUAACCUAAAAAUUGCAACAGGAAGACUUUUUAAAAAGUAAGCAAACUGAUUGUUUUAAGCUAGAAAUUUUUUCUUAGUAUUUUGAUAUUUUCUACCUCUUAAGAAAUAAACAGCGUAUUUAAGAUCUUAUAUUUAAAAAAUGACCAUCUGCCUUAUGGAGAAGUGUAUGGAGUCUUUGAUCUUCCUCUGUUUGUUUGUUAUGUUCAGAUAAAUAUUCAAGUGUCUUGCACUAAA